CGUUUCCUGCUAGCGUAGCCAUCUUGUGCUUUUCAUGCUUCUUACUCCAUCCUCGUUUUCUCUUUCCGGUUAGCUUCCCAGCGAAGAUGCCUUCUGUAACGCUGAAAGACGUCGAUCAACACAAGUUCGUAAAGGCUUUUGCCGCGUUCUUGAAAAAGACAGGCAAAAUGAGGGUCCCAGAAUGGGUAGACAUCGUAAAAUCUGCACGUUUCAAGGAACUAGCCCCAUACGAUCCAGAUUGGUUUUACAUUAGGUGUGCUGCUUUGGUACGACAUAUUUACAUUCGUAGCCCGAUCGGCGUUGGAGCAGUCACAAAAAUCUUUGGAGGACGCAAACGUAAUGGUACCCACCCCAGCCACUUCUGUAGGUCAGCGGGAGGUGUAGCUCGCAAAGCUCUUCAGAGCUUGGAACAACUGAAACUCAUCGAGAAGGCUCCCCUUGGUGGUCGUAAACUCACCAGCCAAGGUCGUAGAGAUCUAGAUCGCAUUGCUGCACAAGUUAAAGCGAAAAGCAAAAAACAACUCAAACUGCAAGAGACUCUUGUUCUUUAAUUUUUUUGUUUCUAUAAUAAAAACGAAAAGCUCAUA